GUUUUUGGAUUAACAAUCAUUGUGAAAAGUGAUUUUGUCAUGUCCAGCACAUAUUUCAACGAUAUCUGGCAUCAGUCGCAGCAUGAAUGCGAACAACUGGCCAUCAUUGACUAUGAGCGACAAAAUCAGAAUGUGGACACCACUGUGGCCACCAUUAGCGGCGUCACUGGCGUCGUUUCAAGCUCGGUGGCAGCCGCUGCCGAUGCCAAGGCUCUGCUGCAGGCCAGUCUAUAUGAGUUCUAUCUGCGUUAUAUAUGUCUAAGCAAUCGACUGGAGGAGGUCUACGACAAUAUGAUACAGCCGCAGAAGCGUGAAUUGGUGCGCAAGCUGCUGGAUGCCUGCCUUGGUCGUGUGGUGGAGCUAAAGCAUGAUCUGGUCAACAUUGAUCUGAUGGAGUUUAGCUAUAAUGAUGAUGUCGUGGAACGACUCCGACUUACACCCAUUGAGACGGAGCUGCGUAUUCCUCGCUAUUUUCUGCGUGAACGCGAACAGGAGCUGGAAUUCCGUAAGCGCACAAUGCACGAGAUUCUGAUCAAGCUGGGCUGGCUGGAAGAGCAUGCUCUGGAGGAGCCGCUCACCGAGAUUGAGGCCAUACGGCUGUUGCAGAUGCACGAGCGUGCUCGGCAAGGACGUCUCCGGGCGCACUUUAUGAAGGAGAUACGCAAGGAAAAGGGCAAAUCGGAGGAACGCAGCGAUAAAGAGCGCAGCGACUCCGGUCUCAUGGCCGCCAUGAAGAUACAAAAAAUGUGGCGUGGUCACACGGCACGUCGCAUUACACGACGCCGCAAGAUGGAUGAGAUGAUAUUGAUUGGCAUGGUGCCGCCACCGGCUGCGGUGCUUAAGGAGCGUGCCGAGAAGCUGGAGAAGCACAGCGAGCACGACGUCAGGCGGCGACAUGUGGCGCAACAGACGUACGCAGCCCAAUUUGAGGCUCGCCAGGUGACCAUACUGGAGGAGAUCCGGCUGAAGCAUGGCCCCACCAUGAAGGAGGACAUUGCCGAUGAGAUACGCGCCUGGAUCAAGGAUUGCUACGACAAGACGGGCAAGCUGCCCGACUUUCCCUCAGAGGAUCAGGGAGGCUCGCUGCACAUUUUCAGUCGGCCGGGCACAGAGAGCGAGCACAGUCGCUCCUCGGCGCGUUCCUCCAAGGAGUCGCGCAAGACCAAGGAUAAAUCCAAAUCCCCGGCGCGCAGCGGCGAUUUAAAUGUUAACGAAAAUCAGGAAGAGGAUAUCAACUUUCAGCCGGCUCCGUCGGUUUGUCUGCCCGAUAUACGCGCUGAAAUUGAAUAUUUCAAUGACACCUGGCGCGACAAGGACGAAACUGGCGUGCUCAGUCAGGCGGCCAACGAGGAUAUGAUCUAUACGGAGAAGUACCAAGAAGUGGAGCUGGAGUUUCGACGCGCCGUCGACGAUGUGAUGCGUCAGGAAUUGGAGCUACUCCAGACGAUGGUGGGCAAGAAGGUGAAGAAGAGCAACAAGAAGACCCGUCGCUCCGGCAAGAAGAGCAAAAAGAAGAAGGAAAAGGAUCUGACGCCCGACCGCACCACAGAGUCACUGUACGAGGAGUUGGUUACCAAUGGGAUUAUACGCAAAUAUCCCGAACUGAAGCUCAAACAAUUUCUGGGCGAUAAGGCGCUAACUGCGCGCAAUGGAACAAAUCCAUCGCCAGGUGACAUACGCCAAGUGCUCACCGAAUAUUGCAUCCUGCCCCUCGGCUCGGAGGCCAUACACAAUUGUACGCCACUAAUACGCUCUGUUCUGCUAGCUGGUCCCAAGGGAUCCGGUAAAAAGGCGCUGCUCCAUGCGAUUUGCACAGAAGUUGGCGCCGUUCUCUUUGAUCUCACUCCAGCCAAUAUUGUGGGCAAAUAUCCCGGAAAAUCUGGUCUAAUCAUGCUCAUACACUUGGUCCUUAAGGUAUCCCGGCUGUUACAGCCGGCAAUUAUUUAUAUGGGCGAUGCCGAGCGUCCGUUUAUGAAGAAAAUACCCAAAACGGAUCGCACAGAUCCCAAGCGCUUGAAAAAGGAUUUGCCCAAGCUCAUUAAAAAUAUUGCGCCCGAGGAUCGGGUCAUUUUCGUUGGCACCUCCAACUUACCCUGGGAGGCAGAUCAAAAGCUGUUGCAGUCCGUCUACAAUCGUUUCAUAUACAUUCCACGCCCAGAUUACGGCGCCAUGUCGCAUGCCUGGAAAACUUUGUUGCAUGAGUACUCUGGUGGCUUGUCCAACUUGGACACCAGUGCCAUGGCUAAAAUAUCAGAUGGCUAUACCAUUGGAGCAGUUGAUGCCUGUCUACGCGAGGUGAUGACUUGUAAGCGCAAGCUUCAACUGCGCUCCCAGCCGCUCACAAAUGCAGAGCUCAUCAAUGUGCUCUGUGCACGAGAUCCUGUCUAUCGCGAGGAGGAGGAGGCAUUCGAAUCGUGGUGGUCGAAAACUCCAUUGGGUCGGCGUCGCCAACGCUUUUUGGAACUGGAAGAGGAGCGGCUGCUUGAGGAGCAGGCACAGCAGGCCAAGCAGGGCAAUGGCAACAAAAAGAAAGGCUUAAAUUAG